AUGUAUGCACACGAAAAAUCGAAUUUAUUGAUUGAUAAUUGGACAAAACAGCCACCUACAAUCACAUUUUCGAUAUCAAAUCGUCGCUCGGAUUUACUUAUAUUUAUGCGAAAUUCGUUGAUAUCUUGGACUUUGCACAUUUUUCUUCAAGAAUUUCAAGAAUUUAUUGGAAGAUCUCGAAUUGCACAAAUUCUUGCCUGA